AAGAGAUGAUUACUCAUUAAACCAGGUGAGAAAACAUUAAAUUUUCGAAACACUAAUUCAUACAGCUCAAGAGUGAUUCGGUUCUCAAUUGUUAGGUGCUAUCAGUAAAGAUAAGCUACGUCACUGCGAUAAGAGGGGGAUUCAAAAUGGUAGAAGAACUUAGAGCGGACUUGGAAAAGUUUAAUACUGAUAUCCGGCAUUUUAUUUUACAAAACCAGAGGUUCUUCGAAGAGACGAAACAAAAAAUCGAUUCUUGUUCUACACAAUUGAAUGGCAUUAAUCAAAAAGUACAAAUUCGGAAUAAUCUUAUUAAUCAUUCUAAAUCAGUGAAAGAUAUGAGGAAAAAUAUGGAUAAUUAUUUAAAACAGUUGAGUGAAGCCAGAAGGAUAUUGUUAGAAAACAUAGAUAAAUCCAACUUGUCCCAGUAUAAUAAACCCUCUACAAUUGAUGCAAACACAUUAAGAAUCUCCCUUCACCAGGGUCAUCCUAUUACUCCCAGUUUUCUUUCCAGCUGAUAA